UUUUAAACCAAAGAGGGACAUUUUUUCCCUCUCGUUGGAUAGCACUAUUUUCCUAACAUUUUACGCGUUCCACGAGCCACCACUAUUAGGUUUUUCGACGUCUCUCAGUACGCUGCGUGCUGUCCACCCUACAAGCUACAAGAGCCAAGAGUUGAUAAAUAGACUGGAAAAACGUGAAAAUCGUUCAAUUAGGUGCGGAAAAUCGUCGCGUUUAGUGUCGCAAAGUGUUAUUUUUUUUUUGGUUUUCUGAAGCAAAACCUGAUUGCAGUUCAGCCAUAAUAGCAGCGUGAAUAGAUCAACAUAUCAUUUGACUACUCUACAAGUGUAGGUGUUUUGUUUACAUUUAAAGGCCAAUUUCACGCUGUUUGGAUAUCAAAAAGCCGAAAAUAGUGUUGCCAUUGUGUGUCGUCUCUCGUGAACUUGAAUUGAUGGAACUGAAUAAGUAAAUAAAACCUUGAUCGCAGUAAACGUAAAAAAAGUGUGAUUUUCGGAGCCUCAUCGUUUUCAUCGUCAGCAGUGUGUUGUUUUUGGAAGCUCUUCGUGCGUCUGUGUGCAGUGUGCCAUUUUAUUUCGCAAGAAAGCUGCAUUUUUGAGGAGAUACGUAAUAGUCGGCGCUCUUCUCGCGAAGACCACUUACUCAGCCAGCUAUCAAGUGGACAACUUGUCAGGAUUGUUGUUUUUAUCCCUCUCCGGUCCAACGUGUUUUUUUAAUGUUGUGUGAUAUAAGAAAGGAUAGCCGUCAAACGUACGUCAUUUGUUGUGAACUGUAAAAUAUUAGAAUCACACUUGAACAAGUGCGUGUUGCUGUAAAACAAAAGAAAAAUCAAAGUGUUUAGACUAAAACAAAGAAACAUUUUAGAAAGAAAAAAAAAGAGAGUACUGAGAAUAACCCACGGAAACGCCGGAAAAGUUACCGAGUAACAUGGUGAAUGGUGCAAUAAAUUUUGCCAUAUUAAAAUAAUUAGUAACGGAACCAAACCGCCUCUUCCAUUCGUAAAAGUUCGAAUCUAUUCUACGGAAAAAGAAAAAGUGCAUAAGCCAAUACAAAAGUGUUCAGUGAAAAGUAUCUAGUCAAAAUUGUGUUCAUUUUUAUCCAUCUGAAAGUGCAUUGAAACAGAUUCGGAAGGUUUUAAACCUCCACUCUUUUUGUUUUGUUUUAUUAGGAAAAUACCGUUUUUAUCAAACUAUGGAAUGCAUUGAACGAUAAACAUAUUUUUAUGACACUACGGGUUCGUGCCAGGAAAAAUAGUGUGGAUGCGCGUGUGUUUUGACGGGCUGUGCUUCGCGUCACGGCGCCCGGCCGUUGAGCAGGAGACGCAGACGGUCCUGUGCGGCGCAACCGCACUCGAUACGCAGCAUCUCGCGCGUUUGCUGAAGUACGCGAACUUUGCCGCUCCGACGAACGGUCUCGGUUCCGCGUUCGGUUCCGUCGCGUCCCAAAACCACCGGUCGGUCGGUUCGUCGAAACAGCAGCAGCAGGUGACGUCGCCUCCGGGUGUGUCCGGGUCGAUUCCGUCAGUCGUUUCGCACGGUUCCGCGGGUGCAGAUCAGUCGCCAUCGCGGUACGUCGCUGUGUCAACCACGAUGAACGACGGAAAUACCGGUGGUGAAUCUGCCGCCGCCGCCCCCGCUUCCUUCAGCCAGCAAAAUGACACCAUCAACAAUAAUCUCGAUUCCGGUAUCAGCAACAUCAAGCAGAUGGUGCUGCUCCAAGGGGACCUCCAGCAGAACCUUUACAUCAACGAUCCUGCCUGCUUGAAUCUGACUCCGCGAGAACAGGAACUGCUGAAGGUGAUUCAGGCACGGGAUAUUCGCAUACGGGAACUGGAGGACUGCCUGCGGCUCAAGCAUGAGGAAGUGGCCGAACUCAGAAGUCAUCUGGACAAGUUUCAGAGUGUGUUUCGAUCGAGUGCCGGUGCCACCGGGGUAUCACCGGGGCACAGUGGCCGGAAGAUCGGUGCCUCCGGUGUACAGCGGCAGCGUGCCCAAGGUAUUUCUGCCGAACCGCAACGUGAUAUCUCGGUGCUGGAGCUGAUGCAUGUGGCGUUCCCGAAGUACGAUAAGGAAGAAAGAUCCCGCGAAAUCAUCAAAUCCGCCAUUCUGGACAAUGACUUCAUGAAGAACCUGGAGAUGACGCAGAUCCGCGAGAUCGUGGACUGCAUGUAUCCGGUGCAGUACGGCGCCGGCAGUCUGAUCAUCAAGGAGGGUGACGUCGGUAGCAUCGUCUACGUGAUGGAAGAGGGCCGCGUCGAAGUUUCCCGCGAAGGCAAAUACCUAUCGACGCUGUCCGGGGCCAAGGUGCUCGGGGAACUGGCCAUCCUGUAUCACUGCCAACGAACGGCAACCAUCACUGCGGCUACCGACUGCAAGCUUUGGGCCGUCGAACGACAAUGCUUCCAGACGAUCAUGAUGCGUACCGGCCUUAUCCGGCAGGCCGAGUAUUCCGAUUUUCUCAAGAGCGUUCCCAUCUUCAAAAAUCUCCCGGAAGACACCCUGUGCAAGAUUUCCGACGUACUCGAAGAGUGCUACUACCAGAAAGGUGACUACAUCAUUCGCCAAGGUGCUCGAGGAGACACGUUCUUCAUUAUAUCCAAGGGACAGGUGCGGGUGACGAUCCGGCAGCCCGAAACCCAGGAGGAGAAAUUCAUUCGUACACUCGGCAAGGGUGACUUUUUCGGCGAAAAGGCUCUUCAAGGAGAUGAUCUACGGACGGCUAACAUUAUUUGCGAUUCACCGGAAGGUGUCACCUGUUUAGUCAUUGAUCGGGACACGUUCAAUCAGCUGAUCUCCAAUUUGGAUGAGGUCAAAAAUCGCUACAACGACGAUGUAGUGAUUCAGAAAAAGAAGAUCUACGAGGAGUUCCGGGAUGUGCGGCUCUCCGAUAUGCGCGUGCUGGCUACGCUGGGUGUGGGAGGUUUCGGUCGUGUUGAACUGGUCCAGCUGGCCCAAGAUAAGUCGCGAUCCUUUGCACUGAAACAGAUGAAAAAGUCACAAAUUGUUGAAACUCGUCAGCAGCAGCAUAUUAUGUCCGAAAAGGAAAUCAUGAGCGAAGCCAACAGCGAUUUCAUCGUAAAGUUGUACAAGACUUUCAAAGAUCGCAAAUACUUGUACAUGUUGAUGGAAAGCUGCCUCGGAGGUGAACUGUGGACGAUUCUGCGCGAUCGUGGCCACUUCGACGAUUCCACGACCCGGUUCUACACGGCUUGUGUGGUGGAAGCCUUCGAUUAUCUGCACUCACGCAACAUCAUCUAUCGGGAUCUGAAGCCGGAAAAUCUCCUGCUGGACGUUUCCGGAUACGUGAAACUGGUGGACUUCGGUUUCGCCAAAAAGCUUCAGUCAGGUCGGAAAACUUGGACAUUCUGCGGAACGCCAGAGUAUGUAGCACCGGAGGUGAUUCUUAACCGAGGCCAUGACAUCAGUGCUGACUACUGGUCACUAGGAGUGCUUAUGUUCGAACUGUUAACUGGAACUCCUCCUUUCACUGGAGCCGAUCCGAUGCGCACGUACAACAUCAUCCUGAAGGGUAUCGACGCGAUCGAGUUUCCGCGGAACAUUACACGCAACGCGAGUGCUCUGAUCAAGAAACUGUGCCGGGACAAUCCAACGGAACGAUUAGGUUAUCAACGCGGUGGCAUCAGUGAAAUUCAAAAGCAUAAGUGGUUCGAUGGCUUCUAUUGGGAGGGACUGCGGAAUCGUACUCUGCCGCCACCGAUCCUACCGAAAGUGCAGAGCGUGGUCGACACCACCAACUUUGACGACUACCCGGCCGAUCCGGACGGUCCGCCACCGGAUGAUCUUUCCGGAUGGGACGAGGAAUUUUAAGGACGGACCGGAAGAAGAGCGAUGGAUUUCUUCCCAGGUUUCAUGUUAUUUUAUUUGUUAGAACAAGAAAGUAUACAGGUUUGCUCGGAACAAGGUUACUUUUGCUAGCAAAUCUAGUUUGUGACUACGUAGUUUUAAGCAUUCGUUCAUUUGUACGCGCUCGCAGUACGGGAAUCAGUUCAAUUCGAAUAUCGUGCAGGACCUUAGCCUCUAGCAAAAGGACUUUGUAUCACUAUUACUGUAGCGCAAACUAUGACGAGCAAAAAAAAAUGAUUGAAUGGUAAGUAUGAGAGUAUAUCUUGGAGCCAUGCUGGGGUCCCGCUGAAAGGGAAAGAAAAAUCUCAAAAUUGACAAAUAACAUUUAGUUCACUUGGAUGACAUGCGGAAGAGAAAUGGCGGUCAAAAUAUCUUCCUAAUCAAUUUUAAAUAUGUUAACUUUUAAAACAUUUAUUUAUCCUCACAUAAGCGAACACUGGUAUUCGUGCUACUGUUUUACGUGGGUUUCUAACAAAUGAGAGAAAAAUCGUAUGAAUUAAAAAGUCAAUGCUUUCUAGCCGAAAACAGAACCAACAAUUAAAGUUGAAAAACAAUCACACCGUACAGUUUUUAGUAAAUCUUCUGGCUCAUCGACAGCGUUUUUCAAUAGCAUAAUAAAAAUUAGAAAAAAAUAUCAGUCCCCUAACCAACACAAUUCAACAAGAUCAUCGUUUUUUGUGCAAAUUCAAACCUUUCUUGCCCCUGUAAAAAUGUUUAUUUCUGUUAUGAUGUAAAAUGAAGUUUUGUAAAAAAAAAUGUACAUAUACAAUUGCUUUUUAAAAUUAGAAAUGGUCGAACCGAUGCAAAGAAACUGUGAACAAGCGAGUAAAAUCAAUGAACUCCGAUUCAACCUGGUUGAGAACUAGGGACAAGGCAGAUAUGAUAAUAAACAAAUCGCAAGCACACUUAAA